AUGGCGGAGGCUCUUGGAGCUCUGUUGGAGGCGAGCUUGGAUCCCCGACGGAACAAGGAAGCUGAGAGCGCCCUUCGUCAAGAAGAACAGAAGCCCGGCUUUUCUCUUCAACUUCUUCAUAUCACAGCCUCGGAAUCCCACCCAAACAAUAUCCGCCUUGCGAGUGCUUUGUGCUUUAAGAACUUCAUCAAGCGCAGCUGGACAAACGAAGAUGGAGAAUACAAACUAGCUCUGGACGAGGUUGCGACCAUCAAGCGCGAGCUGAUCUCUCUGAUGAUCUCUGUGCCUCCUGCUAUUCGAACUCAACUUGGUGAGGCUGUCAGCGUGAUCGCCGACAGUGAUUUCUGGGAGCGCUGGGAGACUUUGGUGGAUGAUCUUGUUUCCAAGCUGUCUCCGGAAAAUCCCACUGUCAACAUUGGAGUAUUGCAGGUCGCACACUCUAUCUUCAAGCGCUGGCGGCCACUAUUCCAGUCCAACGAGCUUUACAUUGAGAUCAACCAUGUCCUCAACAAGUUCGGCAAUCCAUUCCUUGCACUUUUCGAGGGCUUGGACAACUACCUCGAGCAAAACAAGGGCAAUAAAGAGAAUUUGACACAAGGUUUCACCCAGCUCAAUCUUAUGAUCAAGCUGUUCUACGACCUCUCCUGCCACGACCUUCCUCCGAUGUUUGAAGAGAAUAUCUCCGCAAUCGCCACAAUCCUCCACAAAUACCUGACAUACGAUAACGAGCUGCUUCACACCGAUGAUGAUACCGAGGCGGGUCUUUUGGAAUAUGUUCGUGCUGGUAUUUUCGAGGUCUUGACCUUGUACGUGCAGAAGUUCCUGGAUGCUUUCGGACCUCUCGUUGGACAAUUCAUUCAAAGCUCCUGGGGUCUUUUGACCACAAUCAGCCAGGAAACCAAAUACGAUAUUCUGGUGAGCCGGGCUCUGCACUUCUUGACCUCAGUGGCUAGCAUGCCAGAACACGCUGGAGCUUUCCAGGCCGAGGACACUCUGGGUCAGAUCAUCCAGAAGGUCAUCUUGCCCAAUGUGAGUCUGCGUGAGUCGGACGAGGAGCUCUUCGAGGAUGAGCCCAUUGAGUUUAUUCGACGAGACUUGGAAGGAUCUGACAGUGAAACCCGGCGUCGUGCGGCUACCGAUUUCCUCCGUCGUCUGGCUGAGAAGUUCGAGGGCUCAGUGACUAAGGUCGUUCUCGAAUACACCAAUCACUAUCUCCAGGAGUAUGCUAAGGACCCUGCCUCAAACUGGAAGUCUAAGGAUACUGCCAUUUAUCUUUUCUCCGCUAUUGCGGCCAAGGGUGUGGCAACAGCAGCCCACGGUGUGACUGCCACCAACAGCCUGGUCAGCAUUACAGACUUCUUCCAGCAAAACCUUGCUGCUGACCUUAUUACCGAGGACGGUGUGCACCCGAUUCUCAAGGUUGACGCCAUCAAGUAUCUGUACAUUUUCCGGAGCAUCAUCACAAAGGAACAAUGGCAGCAAGUGCUUCCUGUUCUAGUGAAGCACUUGGCUUCCUCUAACUAUGUUGUCUAUACAUAUGCUGCAAUUGCUGUGGAGCGCGCUCUGUUCCUCAGUGAUGGCCAGGGUCAGCCGGUCAUCCCUCCGACUGAAAUCAUCCCCCUCACCAAGGACCUCCUGGAGCACAUCUUCCAGCUUAUCCAGAGAGAUCCCGCCCCCGAGAAGGUCCAGGAGAAUGAGUUCUUGAUGCGAUGCGUCAUGCGAGUGUUGGUUGUUGUUCGGGACGGCGUGGUUCCGUUCACCGAUGUUAUCCUGCAGCGCUUCAUUACCAUCACUCAAAUCAUCAGCUCAAACCCUAGCAACCCCCGAUUCUACUACUUUUUCUUUGAGGCAAUGGGAGCUUUCAUUCGAUACGCUGCUCCUGCAAACCCUGGUAAGCUGGAGCAGGCUUUCUACUCGCCCUUUGCGACCAUUCUCCAAGGAGACGUGCAAGAAUUCAUGCCAUAUGUUUUCCAACUCUUCGCUGCCCUGCUCGAGGCCAACCCAUCCGCCGACCUGCCUACUUACUACCAAGAAUUGAUUGGACCGAUUCUCAUGCCUGUCAUGUGGGACUCCAAGGGAAACAUCCCUGCCUUGGUCCGACUUCUCUCCUCAAUAAUCCCUCGCGGAGCCCAAUACAUCCUCGAACACAACCAGAUCGAGCCUGUCCUUGGUAUUUUCCAAAAGCUUCUUUCGACCAAGGCCAACGAGGGCUACGGAUUCGACUUGCUUGAGACAGUGUCUGCGACAUUCCCCCCGGCUGCGACGGAGAAAUACUUUGGUUUGAUCAUGGAGAUCAUUCUCCAGCGUCUGCAAAACUCCAAGACUGAAAACCUGUCCCUCCGUUUUGUCCGCUUCUUCCAUUUCAUCACCGCCCAUGAUGACAAGGGAUACAACCCCGACUUCAUCAUGCAGAUCACGGAGAAGGUGCAGCAAAACCUGUUCACUCCUGUCUACCUGAACGUCAUUCUCCAGGACACCCAGAAACUUGCACGACCCUUGGAUCGCAAGACUGCUGUCAUUUCCCUGACCAAGACACUGGCAAACUCAGAAGCCUUUGCCACGCGGUACGCAAAGGGAUGGGGUUUCACCUGCAACACCCUUCUCAAGCUUCUCGAGCUUCCUCCUGAUGUGACACACAAGGACGACUUUAUGGCCGAGGUGGAUGUCGAGGAGAUGUCCUUUGGUGUUGGUUUCACUCCUCUCAACACUAUCAAGGCCCAGCAGAAGGACUCGUGGCCCGAGACUGGUGCUGACCUCAAGAAGUGGGUUGGUACGUAUCUCAAGGAGGCUGACAAGAAACACGGUGGCCGUAUCUCCCAGUUCGCACAGGACCGAUUGGAUGAUCAGGCCAAGGCUGUGCUGGGUAGCUACAUUUCUUGA